CAUUAAACUAUCUAAGAAAAAUCCAACCAUUCGUGCGUGCCAUCAUCCGUUAGUCGAUCGUCCUAUUUUUUGCCACCACCCUUUUGGUGCCUUGUCCUCCGCCCGUUUCAUUCAUGGUCAUGGACGACUAAUUAAGCCAAGCAAAGCUGCCGAAAACUGCUCGAUCUGUACCCACCUACAAAUCCGCCUCACCCUCGAGCUAAUUUUGCCACGCCCCCAAAACCGCCCGCGCCGGCGCGCGCCAGCCAUUCCUCUGAUCCAUGCCAUUCUCCGGCGCCGUCGCGUUCGCUCGUGCGCGCCUAAACGGGAGCUGCCUAGCACCGUAGCGCGAGCGCCGAGGGUCGGCGUGCGUACGUGAAGUGAUCGAAGAAGAAAGCUUGUGUGUUCGCCCGGGCGGCGGCAAUGGGGUGCGCGACCUCCGUGGAGGCGCACCGCGAGAUGCGGUGGGUGGAGCCGCCGCGCUCGAGCCGGAGCUUCUCGCUGCCGUCCGUGGACCGGCAGCGGCUGCGGGCCAAGGCGGCGUCCGUGCUGGGCCACAUCACGGCCCCGGGCCGGCGUUCCGGGGCCGGGGGCGGGCCCACGGCGUCGUGCAAGUACGCGGCGACCAUGGCGACCUUGUCAAUGGAGGAGAUCAUGAUGAAGCUCGAGAACGACCGAACCUUGGCCGCGGUCCUCGCCGCCGUGAAUGCCAAGGAGACGUCGGCCGUCGUCACGCGGCCCGGCACGCCGCCGAACGAGCCAGAGCCGGAGGUGAUCAACGCGUGGGAGCUCAUGGCCGGGCUCGAGGAGGAGGACGCGCCCACGCCGCGCGUGGCGGCAGCGCGUGAUCAGAUUCAGACACCACCGCUGUGGAUGAUGCAGGCUGGUAAUAAUGCGGACGUGCCGCCCAUCGCCUUCGAGUUCGACCAGGAGAUACUUUCCGGCUUCCGGGAGGCUCUAGCUGCCGACACUUCGCCCUCGGCGAAGGAGGAGCCGGCACAACAGGAGAAGAAGAAGGACGCCGAUGCCGAUGCCGAUGCCGAUGCCGGUGCCGGCACGACUGUUUCGCGGGCGCGCGCCAGCGACGACAUGCCGGCGGAGCUGGCCGGCAUCGUGCGCGCCCGCAUCAACGCGUUCCAAGAGAAGAUCGGGCGUAGAAACAACGGAGGAACGGGCCGCGUUCCUCCGGGGGCGAAGCGGAAGGCGGCCGUGGUGUACUUCACGAGCCUCCGGGGCGUGCGCAAGACGUUCGUGGACUGCUGCGCCGUGCGCAGCAUCCUGCGCGGCUAUGGCGUGCGCGUCGACGAGCGCGACGUGUCCAUGCACGCCGCGUUCAAGGCCGAGCUCGCGCGCCUCCUCCCCGGCGCAACCGCGCCGCUGCCGCGGGUGUUCGUGGACGGGCGGUGCCUGGGCGGCGCCGAGGACGUGCACGCGCUGCACGAGGCCGGGGAGCUGGCGCGCGCGCUGGAAGGGUGCGAGGCCGCGCCGGCGCGCAAGCUCGGGUGCAUGGAGGCGUGCGCGGCGUGCGGCGACGUCCGGUUCGUGCCCUGCGAGACGUGCUACGGCAGCUGCAAGGUCUUCGUCGUCGAGGACGGCGACGAGGAAGAGGACGGCGAGUUCCGGCGGUGCCCGGAUUGCAAUGAGAACGGCCUCAUCGGAUGCCCCGUCUGCUGCUGCUGAUGCUUCUGUUCUUUCUUCUUUUUUGUUACAGUGUACCGUAGAUUAAAAUUCUCCCGCUUGUUUUAGUUGCUUGUGCUUUGUACAGUGUGAAGAAGAGCGUUUACAGAAGAAUUUUAAUGAGGCAAGGCAAGAGGUUUUGCUUA